UUUGACCAUUGUGUACUCAUUUCUAACUUAUGAGGGUUCUUAGUGAAGUCCCUUUAUUAAGUACAUCAGAUUUAUGCACAUUUUGUAACCCUGUACACCAGACCUGGGCAAAUUAAGGCCCGCGGGCCACAUCCGGCCCUUUGUACGUCCCUGUCCGGCCCGCGUGAGGCCAAUCAUAAACACCAUAAAUUAAACUUUUUUUUAACUUUUAUUUUGAAAUUUUAUUUUGAAAAGCGUUACGUCGCUACGUAUGCACGUCGUAGACGUAGCACCUUCACUCGCGUAUACACGUGUGUGAGUGAAGGUGAUGCUGUUCGCGAGGUUAUCCCCAAGAUGUCGGCACACCCCAAGAAAAGAAAAGUUGAUAACGAAUGCCGUAUUUUCAACAAAACAUGGACUUCCAAAUAUUUCUUUACAGAAAGUAAAGGCAAAGCAGUGUGCUUAGUCUGUGGUACACAGGUUGCUGUGUUUAAAGAAUAUAAUUUGAAUCGCCACUACACCACCAAGCAUGAAGAUAAAUACAGAAAUCUGUCUGGUGAAGAGCGUGCAAGGGAGUCUGAUGCAUUGCUUGCAAAACUACAAACCCAACAAGGAUUUUUCACUAAACUUCACACUCCCAGAGAUGCAGCCGUCAGGACAAGUUAUGUCAUUUCUCACAAAAUCGGCAGAAAAAGUAAGGCGUUUUCCGACGGAGAGUUUAUUAAGGAGUGUUUAUUGGACUCUGCUGCGCUGAUGUGCCCAGAGAAAAAAGGCGCAUUUGAGAACGUUUCACUCUCCCGACGCACUGUAACGAGGCGGAUUGAGGACAUCGCGGGUGAUGACCACCUCUCAGCUGUCCUUCGCAUAGCCACUUCAGACAUUCCGCCAGAUUUCAAUGCCCUUGUUCAAGCCCAGAACAGACUGGAUUAUUCUCACUGAAGAGGUAACAUGAGGUGGAAAGCAUUACAAGUUAUUGUUUGUGGAGAUUAACAAGUUAAAAAAUAAAUUGCACUGGUUCAAUAAUUGUUUUUCCAAUUAUUGAACCAAUAGACCACAGUUUCACAUAACCUAAUAUACAUAUUUACAGAGUGCUUUAUUCUUCUGAUUAUCAGUACCAGCUAUUCAAAAUAUUUAAUUUAAGUAUUUUACAAUGAAAGAAAGUUGGUGGCCCUCUGACACAAUUCAGGCUUCUCAUGCGGCCCCUGAUAAAAAUUAAUUGCCCACCCCUGCUGUACACUGUAGAGAUCUUAUUUAUCCUAUUCCUUAUGUGUUGUGUAAAACUAAGACAAACGCAACAUCAAAUUAAAAUCAGCAAAUAAAUACAAACGCACCAUGCACUGGAGGGGUCUGGAGUUUGUUUUUCAGAGAGAAGCUUUUAAAGUAAGUGUUUGAUGUGUGUGUGCUAACAGGCAGUAUGCCAGCAUGAAUUAACUUGAGGUUGUUCACCGAACAAAUACGCACAUUAGCACUCAAUAAGGUCAUCAAAACUUGCCUUUAUGCAUUCCCACAGAGUUUUGUCAUUGAGGACCAAAUGUGAGGAGAAAAAAAUAAUACAGUAUAGUAGUCUCUGUGCAGCGUGGGAGAAUUUGGCACACGAGGAAAUGGGUCACCGCUCACAGCAAACAAUAACUGUUAUGAUUUCUAACUGUAUAUUAUAUUAUUUCAUGUUUUAUUAUUUAGUUUUUUAAAUAAUGGCCCCUAUUUCCAAAAUUACUAUACAUUUGCAUAAAAUUAUUUGUAGUUAUUUAAAAUUUUUUUUUAAAUUAUUAUUGCACUUACAAGUUUCCCGUGGUUACGGACCCUUGGAAUACUUCACAUGCAACAACACAACAUUGAGGAGUGGGACAGGAGGAUGCAAACAUUAGCAUCUACAUUACAUUUUAACAGCAACAUUUUGCUAGGAUAUCCUAUUGGCUGAAGAACAUACAGAUGAUCAAAUUGACAGCUUCCACGUCUAACUGAAUGUGUCGUGAAGCCUGUGAAAGUUUUUUUUUUUCUUCAUGAUGUCAUGAAAACAGAAACUUUCAUGACCAACUUAUGGUGCGUCUGUCAAAAGUGAAGCGAACAAGUGAAGGAGAUGAUGGGUUUUUCACUUUUGCUACUUAAACAGGCUUUAGGGACGCAUUACUGUUAGAAAGUACAAAGUUAAAAAGUCAAUGUUGCAUAAUAAGGAACCUUUAAAUUGAAAAUUGUCAUUUUUCUUGCCACAUUUGAGAUAACUGUUUAACAAAGUGCCUUCUUAUCUCCCCUCCUCUUUUCCUCCUGAUUGAUUGAUUCAUCCAUCGAUGGUCCUCCUGCCUCUUCCUUGCCAACUGCAAUUGGCUUUCGUAAGCGAAAAGCAGAGACGUGUCUCACAGUAAGAUGGACUCUGAAGUCUUACCCAAAGUGGCCCGCAUGACCGUUUCUGGCAAGAAGCAGACCAUGGGCUUUGAUGUCCCCAGCAGUGGGGACAACGGAGUCGUUGCAGCAGCCAUGGCACGGCGAGCCAACAGUCCCGAAAACGCCAGUGGCGAGGGCAACUCCAGGCGAACCGAGACACCCUCCAAAGGUUCCAACGAAGAUGAGGUCGCCACCCUUCCCACUCCCGGGCGUUCUUCCGGAAAGGCCCGGCAGACACUCGACGUCAAGGCCGAACUGGAGAAGAGACAAGGAGGCAAACCGCUAUUAAAUUUAGUAGUUAUAGGUCACGUGGACGCAGGGAAGAGCACCCUCAUGGGCCACCUGCUGUAUCUGCUGGGCAACGUCAACAAGCGCACCAUGCACAAGUAUGAGACUGAGUCUAAGAAGGCGGGCAAAGCGUCCUUCGCCUACGCUUGGGUUCUGGAUGAAACUGGCGAGGAGAGGGACAGAGGUGUGACAAUGGACGUGGGUAUGACCAAGUUUGAGACCGGCUCCAAGGUUGUGACGCUGAUGGACGCACCGGGACACAAAGACUUCAUCCCCAACAUGAUCACAGGAGCUGCCCAGGCAGAUGUGGCCGUGCUGGUGGUGGAUGCCAGCCGAGGGGAAUUCGAGGCGGGCUUUGAGGCGGGCGGCCAGACCAGAGAGCACGCCUUGUUGGUGCGCUCGCUUGGCGUCACUCAGCUGGCGGUGGCGGUCAACAAGAUGGACCAGGUUAAUUGGCAACAGGAACGUUUCCAGGAAGUCACAUCGAAGUUGGGACAUUUUCUGAAGCAGGCAGGCUUCAAGGACUCUGAUGUUGUCUACGUCCCCACCAGCGGCCUGUCAGGGGAAAACCUCACCGUCAGGAGUUCCGUUUCCGAGCUCACCUCUUGGUAUUCCGGCCUCAGCCUGCUAGAGCAGAUUGACUCCUUCAGGGCCCCUCAGCGCUCUGUGGACAAACCUUUCAGACUGUGCGUCUCUGACGUAUUCAAAGACCAGGGCUCGGGCUUCUGCGUCACAGGCAAGAUAGAGGCUGGCUACAUUCAGACUGGGGACAAACUGCUGGCUAUGCCCCCCAAUGAGACAUGCUUAGUCAAAGGAAUCACUCUGCAUGACGCCCCCUUAGAUUGGGCUGCAGCUGGAGAUCACGUCAGCCUCACGGUCACUGGCAUGGACAUCAUUAAGAUCAAUGUGGGGUGUGUGUUCUGUGAUCCCAAGGAGCCCAUACGAGUGUGCACCCGAUUCAGAGCGCGCCUGUUGCUCUUCAGUUUUGAGAUUCCCAUCACAAAGGGCUUCCCAGUAUUGUUGCAUUAUGGGACGGUCAGCGAGCCGGCCACCAUUACAAAGCUGAUAAGCGUUCUACAUAAGAGUAGCGGCGAGGUCCUCAAGAAGAAACCAAAGUGUCUGGGUAAAGGUAUGAACGCCAUCGUGGAGAUCCAGACGCAGAGGCCGAUAGCGCUGGAGCUCUACAAAGACUACAAGGAGUUGGGUCGCUUCAUGCUGCGCUACGUGGGCUCCACCAUCGCUGCAGGCGUGGUCACGGAGAUCAAAGAAUGAAGGCCCUGCCCACCAGGGUUUGCCCCCACAGCCAGACCACGACAAAGAGGAAGUGCAUGUCACUGCAAAUGCAAGAGCAUCCCUCGUCGUCCCUCCGGCGCAGUUGCUGCCUCACCAUUCUGGCCCGAUCAACUCUUUAAGACUGUGCCGUUGACCAAUCACGAGGUGGCUCCGAACAAGCAGACAGUGAUGCUGAGCCUCCACCUCCUAACACGUGCUUUAAUCAGCCUCGCAGUGAUCAAUCUCACUGAGCUUUCAUUUGACUGGUGGUUUGGUUGCCAAUCAUCAUGGCGGAAAUAUUGGCAUGCAGAAAAAAACUGACUGGAAAGGAGACACACAGGAUAAUAUAUAUUCAAUUCUUCCGUGCUGGACUGGUGGAGCCUCAACAGAACAAACAAAUCCUCAGCUUAUUAUUUAUAUGCUUUUCCAGCAGAACUGGUUAACUUUUUUUAAUUUCAGGUUUGAAAACGUACGUAAUUCAGGAGAAAAAGGUUUGCUAUUUUCAUCACACAUGAUUUGCAUGUCAAGUAAUGCAAAACCUUUUUAAUAACCGAAUGGAAGGAUUGUGUGCUAGCUGAGUGAAGAUGGAGUUACCGCUUUGUUGUGACUCAAUGUGUGACACCCAUUACAAUAAGAGGAAAUGAAGACAAAAAGUCACUAAA